CGGUGAGGCUCGCGCUCGAGCUGCGGCGCCGGCUCCCGCCGCCUGGGCCUCGGGCCCGGCCCCUCCCGCGCCGCCCGGGCGAUGAGAAGCUGCUUCUGCGUGAGACGGAGCCGGGACCCACCGCCGCCGCAGCCGCCGCCGCCGCCUCAGCGGGGAACAGACCAGUCCACCAUGCCUGAAGUCAAAGACCUCUCAGAAGCCUUGCCAGAAACAUCAAUGGAUCCCAUCACUGGAGUCGGGGUGGUGGCUUCUCGGAACCGAGCCCCGACAGGCUAUGAUGUAGUUGCACAGACAGCAGAUGGUGUGGAUGCCGACCUCUGGAAAGACGGCUUAUUUAAAUCCAAGGUUACCAGAUACCUGUGUUUCACAAGAUCAUUUUCCAAAGAAAAUAGUCAUCUGGGGAACGUGUUAGUAGAUAUGAAGCUCAUUGACAUCAAGGACACACUGCCUGUGGGCUUCAUCCCAAUUCAGGAGACGGUGGACACACAGGAAGUGGCUUUUAGGAAGAAGAGGCUGUGCAUUAAGUUUAUUCCACGGGAUUCAACAGAAGCUGCGAUUUGUGACAUUCGGAUCAUGGGUCGGACCAAGCAGGCCCCGCCUCAGUACACAUUUAUUGGGGAACUGAACAGCAUGGGGAUCUGGUAUCGAAUGGGCAGAGUACCAAGAAAUCAUGACUCAUCUCAACCCACAACGCCUUCCCAGUCAUCAGCUGCUUCCACCCCAGCCCCCAACCUUCCCAGGCACAUCUCCCUAACACUUCCUGCCACCUUCCGAGGCAGGAACAGCACCCGUACGGACUACGAGUACCAGCACUCCAAUUUGUAUGCCAUAUCAGGGUGUCCUGGAGUGGAAGCAAGCCUGCAUUGAUGCCCAUGAGUAGGCUCUGGUGAAACAAAGGUGAGCCACAGAGAGUGGCAGACCUGGGGGCUCUGAGAGUGCUGGGCAGGGAGCUCGUGGGUCUGCUGGGGAUCAGGGCGCUGGGCAGGGAGCUUGUGAGUCUGCUGGGGGUUAGGGCGCUGGGCAAGGAGCUGCAGGGUCUGCUGGGGGUCAGGGCGCUGGGCAAGGAGCUGCAGGGUCUGCUAGGGGUCAGGGCGCUGGGCAAGGAGCUGCAGGGUCUGCUGGGGGUGGGGGUGCUGGGCACAGGGAGCUUUCAGGGUCUCCUGGGGAUUGGGGCGCUGGGCUCAGGGUGAGGGUUUCUCUCUGGGAGUGUGGGGUCUCUAUAUGGACCUGAAACACAGAGUCUGUUAGAAGCCCAGAUAUUAGAUUCUGUUAGAAGUCCACUGCCCAUGCCACGCAGAUUGUACCAUGUACAUUAUACUAUAUCUGGUCUUCAAAAUAUUUUUGGUUAAACUCUUAUUUUGUAUCUACUCUGGUCUUGAAGGACAUUUCACAGUAAGGUGAUAUAUUUCGCUCCUAAUAGUACUAGAAUGACUAAUUAAACCAAACAUUUAAGAAAUGUGACUCAGAGCCUAGAGGACUCUCAUAUGUACAGUACCAACCAAAUUCUGUAUUCACUUUACCUCCAGAGCUUCAAAAACUUGAAACUUUUCACAUACCCUCUUCUAUAAACCCAAAAUGUAUUUUUGUGAAAAUGAAAAUUAUAUGAAAAAGAGAAUGCAUAAAUCAGAGAUGAUUAAAAAUAUUUGUUCUAAUGCAGUAAUAAUUUGGUAGUAAUGCUUUCAUCAGUAUAGCUUAAGGCUACAUUAAGUGGACAGACUUUAUAUGGAUUCUCUAAUUUUAAUCUUCAAAAUGCUAUCUAAUGUCUCAUUAAGACUUGCAUAUAAUGUAUCUUAAGUACAGUCAUUAAAUAUAGUUUAGGGAGAUUUAUGUUCAGAUAUUGCUUAAAGAUGUUUUAAUAGGCCCAUUUACUCUGAUGAUAUUAAUGAGCUCUUAAUACAGACUAAGCUUCUAAAACUAGUGGUAAAGACUCCCAGCCUCAACACAACAACUUGGAAUUAAUACCUGGUUUGGACAGAAGCCUGAGGGUGAGUCCUGCAGACACUUCAGGGUCAGUGCAAGCCCCUUGCUGGAUGGAGCCUUGUGUUUCAGAAAGGGGCCUCCUGAAACGGGGUCUGGCGGCUGACUCCAGAGCACCCAUUCUGCUGCCAGUCUGAGUACAGUCUCUUUUCUCCCCCAAACUGUGCACAGGACAUGUGCUAACUAGACCGAAGUACAUCUCCAAGGUCAUUUGAGAGGCAUUGACAGCCUUGGCGGUGGCACUGCAGCCUGUAAGGGGUUAAAGGAGGCUGUUUGCUAAACUUCCUGUGGAAGCAUCUGCCAGGUAAGGUGUGCACAGUCUGGCAUCGUUAUGUGAAACAGCUUCCCUCUGCCAUGAGUGAACUGUGAAAGGUCACAUGGGUGUGCUUUCAUCUUUCAGGCAUUCGUCGUAGCUGAAAUAUACAUAAUAAAGUAGUCCUGCUAAUUCUAAAUCGGAAAGAAGAAAAGCCCAACAGGAACCUCCGUGAGCCCCUCACAUACGUGCACAGUUGUUCCCCAGACCCCACUUUUAAAUGUGUGGCAAAAAAAAUCUCUGUUUUGGUAUUUCCCUCUUUCGGAGAAAUAUUGGAAAGUACAUUUUUUUGCUUCAAUUAUUUUAAGGGAGGAAAAAAAAGAACCCAUGAGUUCAGAGACUUUUCUAAUUACUAAAUUGGUUUGUUAUAAAAAGAUAAUAGCAAAUUUCUUCUUUUCAUAAUUGGACAUUUCUUCCCUGUAGGCUAAUGCAGGCACAGCCCGUGCAUGCACAAUAAGUUGUGCUUUUGAAGAGCCAUAACUAGCUAAUAACAGCUACAGUGUCAUCAGAGAGUAAUGGUGUGCUGAUUAGCAUAAUUAAUGACAAAUGGUGGUGCGGAAUUGGUGGAUUGGUUUAGCGGAUGAUGAAUGCGGCGAGGCCUGGGCUGGGGCCUGCCAACUAGGCCUCGCUGGCUGUCAGCCCUUCUGUUCUCCCGAUGCAGCCCUCAUUAGUCACGAUGGGAGGUGCCAGUUUGUAUUCUGUUUGGAGCACAGAAAACUUAAUAAUCCAAGCAAAUGUGGCUUUCCCUUUUUCCUCUGUAUUUACUCACAAAACCCUCUCACUCAUUUCCAUUGUGGCUGAACCAUUAAGACACAGCUCUUUCCAGAUCCCUCCGUGAGGCCUGAAGGCAAAACAAAAGGGAGCGUAAUAGAGAGAGACAGGUAUCUCAGAGCUUUCAUCUGACCAUCGAUGAAUUACUCUCACUAGAAAGACUUCUGUUUGGUGAACUCUGUUUAUCUGUGUACUUACAAAGGGAAAAGAGAUGAACUCAGUAAGCGAUACAUUCUGUCCUGAAAUCAGAGUAGCACAUUUAUCUUUGACUUGAUGAAUCAGACCUAAUUUGCAUUCACAAAUGAGACUGAUAAAAAUGGAUUUACCUUUUAACCUUUAGAGGAGGAAAGGUAUUUCUCUGCAAGAUUUCUGGGGCUAUCGUUUCUUAACCGAUAAGAAGCCACUCCUUUAUCAAUAAAAAUGAAAAUCUCUAAUUUGCAUUAGUGAAUGAGCCUAAUUAUUAUAUACUUAAUUAGCAUCUGGAAAUGAGGAUUAUCUUAAUUACAAAGCACAAUUUCCCUAAUAGCUACAAAACUGUAAGUUUGAUCCAUGUGGAAAUUGGUAACUAUUAUUAUGUAAUUAGUGAUAACAUUAAUCGUACAGAAUAGUUGGAUGUAAUUUGCAUAUGCAAAUGUGAUUUACCUGAGCCAAACAAGUGGACCAUUAAUGAUUAGAGCAUGAUAUAGCUGACUGAAAGUUCUAGAUAGCUGAAUGGUACCUAUUAUGCAGAAUAUCUAGAUUAUAUAGUGGUAGAGUCAGCAAGGACCUUUUAUAUUUAGAUGGUCAGGGUGGAUUUUGCUUUAAGAAGAAUUAGUAGCUUCUGGGUUAAAUAAUGAGGCUAACUGCUUAGAGAAAUAGCCCAUAAUCAUCUCCUUGACUUUGAUUUUUUCAUGCUUCCCAGUAUCCCUUGAAUCUGAGAUGUAUUUUCCCUAUGUACUUUAACAAUUCUGAAUUUUGAAUCUGUCUUACAGUUGAUGUGUACUUUUAAAUCGGUCACACACACUCAGGAGCAUAGUGAAUAAUGAAUUUGAUGGUGCAACUUACAGUUGUUGAGGGGAGAAUCAGACCUUUCUGAAUUUUAUCCACAGGGCCCUAGAGCCUCCUCCCAUCAGAACUGGUUCUUUGUAUGUAUCUUCUGGGGUUCUGUCUCCUUCCUCCCUCAGACUGACGCAUGCUUCCCAAAGCCAUGUACUCAUGGUGGGGUGGAUUUUAGAGUAGACAUGGAUGGCCUUUAUGAAAAUGUCAUCCAUAAUAGCAUAUCAGUGGAUAUCAUUGUUCAGAAUGGGAUUAAAGUUGGUAUAUUGAUCAGUCUUUGCUCAGUUAUCAUGCCAGUAACAAAUACCCCUCCAGAUCACAAUGGCUUAUAGUAUCACCAUUUUGUAACAUGUAACUUGGAAAUGUAAAUUGGAACUUGAGUGGCAUGUAUCACUAUGUCACUCAAGUUCCAAUUUGGAACCUUGCUCCAUGUGUCUUUGGACUCUGGGACCCAGGCUGAAAGAGCAUCUCCUGUCUGUAACUUGCUAUUUUUAUAGUAGAGGGAAGAGUGAGACCUGGAAGAAACACUCAGUGGCUCUUAAAGCUUCUGGCCAUAGUGGCAAGGCCUGCAGCUGGCCAACAUCAGUGGGGAAAGUAUAUCCUCAUCUCCCAGCCCUGCCUUUCAAACGGCAGUGGGCAGGUGGUCAUACAGGGACGUGGGAACACAGACUCGGGGAUGGUGACACUACCCACUGGAGGAAGCUAUUUUGAGUUUAAACUCGGUAAUUAUACUGGAAAAAAAUAAGUGAAUCUGAGACAUUAGAUACCUUCCUAGAGUCUAGCAAACACUGGCUGGUAGUGUCUGUAGCGUUUCCCUGUGCAGGCUUUUAUCUUCGACCCCCCAAGAGCUUGUGUCCUCCUGGGGUGGUUAGGCAGAGCCCAGGGGUUUUGUUAGGUACUGCAGCACAGUGGAAGUAGCACUACUCUCUGAAGUUGAAAGUGCAUUUUGACCAUUUCCAAACGUGAGACCAUGAUUCUUUUCUCUGGAACUCCGUUUGCCUAGCUGUAAAAUGAAGCUCUUGGACAGAGUGGACCUCCUGUGGCUCUACCCUUCCACCAAUCCUCUAAGCACCGGUUCAGGGCCAGGCAUCCUGCAGGGCUGAAGCAGAGGUGCAGAGAGGUUUUGCCUCAGGGCACAAGGGACUGAGGUUCCAGCUGAGCAUGACCUACCCCUCAUUUCCUGUAAGAACCUAAUAAAAAGUUGGUUCCUGGACCAAAGAGUUCAUGGAUAUUUUUUCCUCUUUUAAAAAAUAAAAAAUAGACACAAACCUUUUCUUACUUGAAUGAUAAAAGUAACGUGUUCAUUGUAGAAAAGUUACAAAAUACAUGAAAACAUAGGAAAAAAAAUAAAUAUCAGUUACAACCCCAUUACCCAGAGAAACAGUAUUUCAGGGUAUGGCAUUUUAACAUUUUUUUUUUCUGUACCAUAUAGUUACAUGUAAAAGUGUAUGUCUACCUAAUUGUCCUUUCUGGUACUUUUGAAGUUAGAUUUAUUGAGAUACAUUUACAUGUAAUAAAAUCAAGCUCUUUAUGUGCACAUUUCAGUGACUUUUGACAAAUGUCAAAUUACAUGACAGCCACCUCCAGAAACAAGUUACAGAAUAUUGCCAUGAGUCCCAUAAAUUCACUCAUUUCUAUUUCCAGUGGUUCCCUCCCCAUUGCCAGUCCCUGGCAGUCACUUGCCUGCCCAAUGCUGUCGCAUACAUGGAAUCAUACCAUAUGUAGCUUUGUGUGUCUCUCAGCAUAAUAUUUCUGAGAGUCUUCCAUGUUGUUGCAUGUGUCAGGAAUUUGUUCCUUUCUAACACUGCGAGUGUCCAUUCUGCUCUGAGACCUGGUCACGCACCUCAUUCCUUAUCAUUAAGUGAGGUGGUCCUCAGGCUGGGAUUAAGGAUUGUAUAAUCCUCCCUCUGAUGGAUACAGUGGACUUUCCCUAGCCAGUCCUCAGCGGCUGCAUAUUUACAUUGUCUUCGCUCCCGAAGGUUAUAUUUUGGUGAAUAUUCCUUUGGAUAAAUAUAUAAACACAUUUUUAAAGAUUUUGGCAUAUAAGGAUUGAAUUUGUUUACACUUCUGUGUAUAUGAAAGAGGUUUGUUUUGUUUUCCCCACAAGCCUUGCUAACUGGCAAUUAGUUUUUAAAUUUUUUAUCAAUUUGGAAGGUGAGAGGUAUUGUAUCAUUCAUUCACAUCUCCGUGAUUACUGCUAAUGGUACCUGUGUUGAGCUUUGUCCGUCUGUCUGUGGCUUCUCUUCCAUUGCAGUCUGACCUUGUUCCUGGAGUUACAGGAGCUCCUUCUGCAACAAGCUCUUCUUUUGCUCUCACGUUACUUCUGCUUG